AUCAUCACUCCGUGUCGUCGGCUGAUUCUGUGUGCGGACAACAGGAAAGAGAUGGAGGACUGGAUGGCAGCCCUGAAGAGUGUUCAGAACAGAGAACACUUUGAGUCCACCCAGUAUAGCAUGGAUCACUUCUCUGGGAUGCAUAACUGGUACGCCUGCUCCCACGCCCGCCCCACUUACUGCAACGUGUGCCGCGAGGCCCUCUCCGGAGUCACCUCGCACGGGCUGUCCUGUGCAGUGUGUAAGUUCAAGGCCCAUAAACGCUGUGCUGUCCGAGCCACCAACAACUGCAAGUGGACUACUCUGGCAUCCAUUGGGAAGGACAUCAUCGAAGAUGAGGAUGGGAUCUCUAUGCCUCACCAGUGGCUGGAGGGCAACCUGCCGGUCAGUGCUAAGUGUACAGUGUGUGAUAAGACGUGUGGCAGUGUGCUCCGACUGCAGGAUUGGCGCUGCCUCUGGUGCAAGGCCAUGGUGCACACGGUGUGUAAGGAGCAGCUGUCCACUAAGUGUCCCUUGGGGCAGUGUAAGGUGUCGGUCAUCCCCCCCACAGCCCUCAACAGCAUCGACUCCGACGGGUUCUGGAAGGCCACCUGCCCGCCCUCCUGCACCAGCCCUCUCCUGGUGUUCGUCAACAGUAAGAGCGGCGACAACCAGGGCAUCAAGUUCCUGCGCCGCUUUAAACAGCUGCUCAACCCCGCCCAAGUCUUUGACCUCAUGAACGGGGGGCCGCAUCUCGGUUUGCGUCUCUUCCAGAAGUUUGACACGUUCCGGAUCCUAGUGUGUGGGGGUGAUGGCAGCGUGGGCUGGGUUCUCUCUGAGAUCGACACUCUGACGCUCCACAAACAAUGCCAGCUGGGUGUUCUGCCCCUGGGGACAGGAAAUGACCUUGCCCGCGUCCUGGGCUGGGGCUCAGCCUGCGACGAUGACGCACAGCUGCCUCAAAUACUGGAGAAGCUUGAGAGGGCCAGCACCAAGAUGCUUGACAGGUGGAGUAUUAUGGUGUACGAGACCAAGUUCCCGCGACAACAUUCCAGCUCCACGGUGACAGAGGAUUGCAGCGACAACUCUGAGGUGCAACAGAUUCUGACCUACGAGGACUCUGUGGCGGCCCACUUGUCCAUGAUCCUGUCUUCAGAUCAGCACUCAGUGGUCAUCUCCUCGGCUAAGGUACUGUGUGAGACAGUGAAAGACUUUGUGGCUCGAGUGGGGAAGGCCUACGAGAAGAACAAGGAGCGCUCCGAGGAGUCAGAGGCUAUGGCCGAGAAGUGUGGAGUUCUGAAGGAGAAGCUGGACUCGCUGCUGAAGACUCUCAACGAGGAGGCGCAGGUGUCUACUACGAUGCCUGCCCCUCCUCCUACCAUCGCUGAGGAGCAGGAGGAGGGCGAGGGGGUUCUGGUGCCAUCGCCCGCUGCCCCCCCGUGCUCUCCCAGGCCCCUGACGGCCAUCUUUAAACCCAGGGAACAGCUGAUGCUGAGAGCCAACAGCCUGAAGAAAGCCAUCAGGCAGAUCAUCGAGCACACUGAGAAAGCGGUGGACGAGCAGAAUGCCCAGACUCAGGAGGCUUUUGCUCUGGGGGCAGAGGAGGAGGAGGAGGAAGAGCAAGUCAAGCUGUUUUUGCAGUCGUCCUACAGUGGGAAUGCCUGUAACAGCACCAGGAGCCAUCCAGUCCGCAGAGUGUCCAAGACUCCUUGUGAAAAGCUCAUCAACAAAGGAAGCCUGUCACUGGGCAGCUCUGCGUCACUUCCUGCCCAGACAGGAAGUCGAGAGAGCAUGCCAAUGCUCAACACCAAGAUCCUCUACCCAAGUUUCAGGGCUGGUAUCUCUGGCUCCCUCUCCAGCAGUUCGGUCAUCAGCAAACUGCUGGUCAACGCUGACUCCUUCAGCUGUGACCCAGAGACCUUUGACUGCUACACUGAGAAAUGUGUGAUGAACAACUACUUUGGGAUCGGCCUGGAUGCUAAGAUCUCACUGGACUUCAACAAUAAGCGGGACGAGCAUCCCGAGAAGUGCAGGAGUCGCACCAAAAACAUGAUGUGGUACGGGGUUCUGGGCACCAAGGAGCUGCUGCAUCGCACCUACAAGAACCUAGAGCAGAAGGUACUGCUGGAGUGUGACGGGAGGCCUAUCCCCCUCCCCAGCCUGCAGGGCAUAGCCGUCCUGAACAUCCCCAGCUAUGCAGGCGGCACCAACUUCUGGGGCGGGACUAAAGAGGAUGAUACGUUCACGGCGCCAUCUUUUGACGAUAAGAUCCUGGAGGUGGUGGCGGUGUUUGGCAGCAUUCAAAUGGCUGUGUCCAGAGUCAUCAACCUGCAGCACCACCGUAUCGCACAGUGUCGUACAGUGAAGAUCACCAUCCUCGGGGAUGAGGGCGUGCCGGUGCAGGUGGACGGAGAGGCCUGGGUCCAGCCCCCGGGGUACAUCAAAAUUAUCCACAAGAACCGCACUCAGACUCUCACCAGAGACAGAGCUUUUGAGAGCACACUGAAGUCAUGGGAAGACAAGCAGAGGUGCGAGUUCCCCCGUCCGCUGCCCCAGUAUGCAUUGCAGCCAGAGAUCGUAUCCGAGGAAGAAGCCUCCCAGAUCAACCUGUUUGGCCAGGCGGCCGGCGCUCUCAUCCACAGUAUCCGAGAGAUCGCCCAGUCCCACCACAGUAUGGAGCAGGAGCUGGCCCAUGCCGUCAACGCAAGCUCAAAGGCCAUGGACGUGGUCUACGCCAAUUCCAAGAGCACAGAGGGUCUGAACUGCAGUGUUGUGGUUCAGAUGGUCAGCAACGUCAAGGCCCUUCACAGUGAGACAGAUCUGCUACUGGCAGGCAAGAUGUGCCUGCAGUUGGACCCUCCACAGAAGGAGCAGUUGACUGAAGCCCUGGGCACUGUGGCUCAGCAGCUACGCAGACUGUCAGACAUACCCUGGCUGUGUCAGCUCAUCGAACCUGGGGAUGAUGAGGGACACCUGGCUGAUUUCUCCAAGCGUAGCCGCAGUGCCAAGUUUUGUCUCGUCCCCAAGUUCAAGAAGGACAAAAACAACAAGAACAAGGAGGCCUGUGCCACUCUCACACUGCCAGUGCACCAGUGGGGCACAGAGGAGGUAGCCGCCUGGCUGGAGCUCAUCUGUCUCACCGAGUACAAGGAGAUCUUUAUUGGGCACGACGUGCGCGGCGCCGAGCUGCUGCACCUGGAGAGGAGGGACCUCAAGGACUUGGGGGUGACGAAGGUUGGCCACAUGAAGCGUAUCCUCCAGGGUAUCAGAGUGUUGAGUCGCAGCAGCAGCACUGCCAGCGAAGCCUAGGCUCUCUCCAGUACGUCUGUGUGUGCUGCACCAGACCCUCUACCCAAACUGACUGUACCCAGCCGCGGUGAACAGCUUGAACGCAAUGGGACCAACAACUCACUUACCUUAACCUCUAUACACUCAAAUAUGGAUUUGAGUUUAGUCAACCAAUCAGAUUAAACACAGUGCCUUUCUUCACUCUCCACCUCGGCAGCGUCCGGGAGCAACCAACUGAACUGCAAACGGGAGGCCAAACCACUAUUUUAUUUUAUAUUUUUUAAUGAACCUUUAUUUAACUAGGCAAGUCAGUUAAGAACAAAUUCUUAUU